AUGCAGAUCCUUAUGUUCCAGCUAUUGGUCUUCCUUCUUAACCCAACUCAGUCCAGAUCUGAGAAGGACAUGAGAGCUACCAUCCUUUCUGCAUUGGAGAAAGCCACUCUCUUCUUUAGAGACUCAUACAAUGACAUGAAUGUGGAUGCCGUGCUGGGAUAUCGCUUAUUGCAAGCCUAUUUGAAUGGAGUCUUGGAGAAAUGGGAAUCGCAGCCUGGAUUACAGUCCUCGCGCAAACGUGUGGUACACCUGGAGAAGACGUUGUCGACGUUGAUUGACAAAGCAGAGUGCGCGUUGGAGCAGAAUACACCAAAUUACUACAGAAAGUUUGCCCCCGCUUUAGGCCCAGGUUUUUGGAAGAUUCCUCGUCAGUGGAUCCAGACCAACCCUUCUCUUGCAUCCUCCCUGAAGAACGGCUCAGGCUGCCUCAAUGGAAGUAUAAGUGAUUCUUGCAUCUCGCAUUUGCUAGGAACAUGGGGAGAUGGUGAGGAACCGUGCUUCGUCCCUGAUUACUGCCCAGGCGUUAUGACCAAGCUUGACUGCUCAGGAUAUUCGCUGUCACACCAACUUUUCUAUUUCCUGUUUGCAGACAUAAAAGGAUGCUCGGAUUCUUUGUUCCUUGAUACCUCGUAUUACAAGAAUGUCUUCUGCUCCUCCAUGAAGGAAAUCAAUAUCGACGCAGGAAAACAAGACCGCUUGAAUACCAUUGGAGACCUCUUUGUGGAGAACAUUUUGCUCUGUGGCAUGGCUGGGUUCUCUGACUUCUACCAGCCUCAAUGGCUGAAGAUCAUUCUUAACUGGCAGAAGCCAGGAGAGGGGUGUUUUUGGAUGUACGGUGACCGAUUUCAGUCCCCCAACCAGACUUCUGGAGAACACAGCCAGGGAUUAAAAAGAGUUAAGAGACAAGAGAAAAUCCUUAAAAAUGGAUGUUCCUCUCACAACACGGGCGUGGCUGUGGCCACCCUUGGGGGAUUCCUUCACUAUGGUUUCUGA